AAGUAGAGUCGGCCGCAGUCGGCCGUAUCCGUUCGUGGUAUCUGGUAGUGUCCGUAUAUAUACUUAAUGUCGUGGAUGUCGUGUAAGCUCGUAAGCUGCUCCAUGUAUUAUUUAAGUAUAUACUGAAACUGAACUGUACUGAACUGGAAACUGGUCAACUGGAAUGGAUGAUUGCAUAGUAAUCGAGUAAAAAGAGUAAAAUGUGCUAGUAAACUAGUCUAGGAUAGUUAAAUUAAAAGUUACAGGUGGAUAUUUAUCGAAUGACAAGUUACUAAAUAAAAAAGUGAUCAGUGGUGAUAUGAAUCAUCUGAGCAUCUGAAGGAGAAACUUAAAUUAAUGGCUGUCAGUGAUCGGUCUAUCGCAACGAGGAGUUUUUAUCGAAAAUUUAACGUGAGGAAAAAUAACAGUAAGCUUCUGCGUGAUAAUAUCAUCAUCCACCCUUGCGUAGUAUUGGUAUUGGCCCUAUUGGCGCUUCCGUUUCCUUUUCUGUAAUGUACCAACUCAGCAAGGCCGCACAAGUAAACACACGACGUUUAUAAUAAUGCCAGGGCGGUUGCGUUGACUUGCGUUGACACUUGGGUGGACUAACAGCUAACAGGGUGCUUGUACUUGGAAAUAAAAUAUAUUUAUUUAUUUAUUGAUACAUGACAUUUUUUAAUUAUUUAUAUUCUCACCGUCAUCAUCAUCGUCACUGUCAAAAUAGAAAAUAAUUUUACCGCAAUUACAGUGCCAAGUGUCAACUAUAAUAUAUAAAUAAUAAUAAUAAUACAGAACAAGUAAAGGCUACAUUGUUAUUUGUCAUCUCAAUAUAUCGAUAGUUUGAUAUUUUUAAGGCAAUUUCACCUCGACAAUAGUGACAAGAGAUAAAAUUAAAGUUAAAAAAAUGUUUACUGGAACAGUUAAAGUUAAAAUAUGCGAAGCUACUGGAUUACGUGCCACAGAUAAACAUCGAAAGUUUUGGCAGGACGCACCACCUAUAAUAGAUCCUUACGUUCUUCUUGAUGUCGACCAAAAUCGUCUUAAUCGUACGUCUAUAAAAGCUAAAACAUAUGAUCCAGUGUGGAAUGAAACUUUCACCCAUGAUGUCCAAGCUGCAGUUAUGUUGGGACUCACUGUCUUCCAUGAUGCUGCUUUACCACCUGAUGACUUUGUGGCUAAUUGUAGAAUUCCUUUUGAAGAGCUUGUACGCCGUGAAGAUGAGACUGCUGAUUUUUGGGUUGAUCUUGAGCCUCAUGGUAAAUUACGCGUAAAAAUUGAUCUAAAAUGGAGUAAUCAAGAUCAACAACCAGGAUGUAGUAGUGGAGAAGGAGAUAGUAUUGGAUCAGUAAGUGGAAAUGUUGGAAGUAGUGUUGUCACAGGAAACAUGGAACCACGUGGAUUCACAGAACGCCAAGGAUUUAAUAGACGAAGAGGGGCCAUGCGUCGUAGAGUACAUCAAGUUAAUGGACAUAAAUUUAUGGCAACAUUCUUGAGACAACCAACAUUUUGUUCUCACUGUCGUGAUUUUAUUUGGGGCGUCGGAAAGCAAGGCUAUCAGUGUCAAGUAUGUACGUGUGUUGUUCAUAAAAGAUGUCACAAAUUGGUUGUUACAAAAUGUCCUGGUAUGAGAGACGAGGAAAUGGAAACUGUGUUGCAGUCUAAUGAAAGUAUACAAGGGCAACGGUUCAGCGUCAAUGUACCUCAUCGCUUUGAAGUACAUACAUUUAAACGUUUUACAUUCUGCGAUCACUGUGGGUCACUUCUUUAUGGUUUAAUAAAACAAGGUCUUCAAUGUCAAGUAUGUGACCUAAAUGUACACAAACGAUGUCAAAAAAAUGUCGCUAAUAAUUGCGGAAUCGAUACAAAGGCGAUGGCUGAAAUUUUGAGUACUUUGAAUAUUUCACCGGACCAGCAAUCAAAAACUCGAAUUAAUUAUAAGGCAAGUUCAGCCAGUGGGUCAUCUCAAAGUCCAUCCGGAAAUGGUAAACAUCAACGACCAACGGAUAAUACUGAGCCGCGGGAUCAAUUACAAGACCAGUCUGCAUCUGAAAAUAGUUCACAAGAUGAGGAGAGUGAAAUGCAAAAAGUAACUCUUGAAGAUUUCAAUUUUAUUAAAGUACUUGGUAAAGGAAGUUUUGGCAAAGUAAUGCUUGCUGAACGAAAGGGAAAUUCUGAUGAGAUAUAUGCCGUUAAAGUAUUGAAGAAAGAUGUUAUUAUUCAAGAUGAUGAUGUUGAUUGUACUAUGACAGAAAAACGAAUACUUGCUUUGGCAGCAAGGCAUCCAUUUUUAACUGCUCUUCAUAGCUGUUUCCAAACACCCGAACGUCUUUUCUUCGUAAUGGAAUACGUUAAUGGAGGUGAUCUCAUGUUUCAAAUUCAAAAAGCUCGUAAAUUUGAUGAAACUCGAGCCCGUUUUUAUGCUGCAGAGGUAACUUUAGCCCUGCAGUUUCUACAUCAGCAUGGCGUAAUUUAUCGUGAUCUUAAACUGGACAAUAUCCUAUUGGAUCGCGAAGGUCACUGUAAACUCGCCGACUUUGGUAUGUGUAAAGAAGGAAUUGUUGACGGUAAAACAACAACAACUUUUUGUGGUACACCAGAUUAUAUUGCGCCAGAAAUACUUCAAGAGUUAGAAUACGGUGCGAGUGUAGAUUGGUGGGCAUUGGGAGUAUUAAUGUACGAGAUGAUGGCCGGACAGCCGCCUUUUGAAGCAGAUAAUGAAGACGAUCUUUUCGAAUCGAUAUUACAUGACGAUGUUCUCUAUCCUGUUUGGUUGAGCAAAACAGCAGUGUCUAUUCUAAAAGGUUUCAUGACUAAAAAUCCAGCAAGACGUUUAGGAUGUGUCGUAUCCAAUGGUGGCGAAUAUGCUAUUAAAUCACAUCCUUUCUUCCAAUCAAUGGAUUGGAGAGCACUCGAAGCACGAAAACUUAAGCCUCCUUUCACGCCAAAAAUUAAUAAUGAAAAAGAUGCCAUGAAUUUUGAUACUGAAUUUACAAAAGAGGAGCCUGUACUUACGCCAGUUCAUCAAUCAGUCCUACAAUCAGUAAAUCAAGAUGAAUUCAGAGGAUUUUCAUUCGUCAAUAAAGACUUUAAUACAAGCAAACUAGGAACAUCUUAAUGAGAAUAAUUAAAUUUUAUUAUUCAAAUUUGAAUUAUCGGGAAUUGUACGGCAACUAGUGUGCUGCAGAUUGCAUUGGAAUUGUUCAAAAACUGGAUGAGGCUGCAUCAAACAUCAUUGGUAACUGUAAAAAAAAAAUAUAUAUAUAUAUAUAUUAUUACGUAUCGUACUGCUUAUCAAACAGGUUGAAUCUGAAAUAUUGUUGAAAAUAAUUUCGUUUUUGUAUUUAUUUUUUUUUAUGUUGAAAAUUUUUAGUACGUAAAAAAAAAGUUAUAAUUUUGUUUUUGUUCUCUAAAGAAUUAUAAAUCGAACAAAAAUAAAAUUAUAAGAUCUAUAAUUGAUUAAGUGUUUCUUAAGAGAAGAGUAAAUUUCACUGUUGCUACAGUUUGUAAUGGAGACUUGUCAACUAGAGCAAGUACAGAUAGCGGUUGUACGAAAACUUUGCGCGUUUCAUUUGAUUUAAGUUCAAGGUGUCAAAUGUCAUAUAUUUCAAUCGUUUGCUAUAAACAUCUCGGUUCUAGCAAAAGUUAAUGUGUAAAAAUUGUCUUAUAAGCACAAUUUUUAGUAAAAGAUUUAAAUAACAAAGGAAUUGUAAUCACAAUUAACACUGAUAAUUUAAAAUUAAUUUUCCUGAGUAAUGUCUUGUUUUUUUUUUUU